GGUCCAGGGUCAGGCAAGCGAGCCCAGUGAAAUUAGACUUGAUCCUGGCUCGAGCUGCUCAAGCGUGAUGUAGAGGCGCACAGAGAGAGGCCAUGCGUAAGGAGAAGGAGACGACAUCUCUCACACUUUGGAGUUGCGCUGUCCAUGUGUUUUUCAUUUACUUGUUGGAUGAGCUGAAACAAGGUGUCAGCUUGCCUCAGGACAUCGUCCAAGUGUCGGUCAAAGCCGAGGAAAGCGAUGUCAUCACAGAGUCUGCCAGUCAGAGGUAUUUUGCAGAUUUUCACGCCUUGCUCACCAAGCCAUGCUGCCACGAGAUUGCGGUGCAGGGGCCCCGCCGGGACAACAAGGCGCAGGCCAUCAAAGACUGUGAGGUGUUGCGGCAGGCCUUUGAGAACGAGGGAGAAGCAGGCGUGAAGCGCAUCGCUGCCAACAUGGACCAGAAGAAAGCCGAAGCAUCGGAAGUGCUAGAAGGCAUUUUCAGUGCCAUGCAGCGAAACAUUGCCCCAGAGCGGUUGAUCCCGCCAGGGGAGGGUUGGGUGCGCUUCAACGACGAGAUGCUGUGGGAGCCUAGGAGCGAGGUGUUCUUUGCGCAGAAGGGCUCACAGAUGGGACAAUACCUGGCCCGCGCCGGCGCAGGGUUCAAGCAGGUGGAGACGCCGCACGUGGCCACGGAGGCUGCGGUGGCCAUGCGGGCAGGAGGUGCAAAUAUCUUGCGCAAGGGGUCCAAGCUGGACAGGACAGUUCUGCUUCCAGAGCUGAAGAAGAUCGCACGGCUGGCGUUGAAGUGGGGCUCGCA